CCGCUCUACGGAGUGCCGAUUUCCGUGAAAGAACAUUUGGCUUUGCGGGGUUCGUACUCUACUGGAGGUCUCGCCUGUCGAUUGAACCAGAAAGAUACUAAAGAUUCCUUGAUUGUGCAAGUAAUUCGCUCCGCUGGGGCCAUUCCUAUGUGCAGUGGAAAUGUACCUCAGAUCAUGAUGCUUCCGGAAACGUACAAUCGAAUCUGGGGACGCUCUCGGAAUCCUUGGGAUUUGUGCCGCUCCACGGGUGGAUCGUCCGGCGGCGACGCCGCUCUCGUGGCCGCCAGGUGCGUGCCUUUGGCUAUUGGCAGCGAUGUGGCUGGUUCUAUACGCAUUCCGGCUUCGUUUUGCGGUAUUGUGGGAUUCAAGCCGACGGCAUAUCGCGUGUCGGGCAAGGGAAAUAUGAAGGCUCGCAAAAACAAUCGCUCCGGAACGAGCGCCGUUAUUCCCGUCGUGUGUGGACCUCUCGCCCGCACUGUCGACGACUGCGCACAAUUUAUGAAAGCCGUUCUAGUACCAGAAAUGUUCCAAGGUGACAGCAGCGUUCCGCCCCUACCGUUCGACGUGGAUUCGUACCAAAGUAAGGCGAAGCUAAAGAUUGGCUACUUUGAUACCGAUGGUUGGUUUGAACCUUGUUUGACUUCCAAACGCGCCGUUCGAGAAGCGAUCGAUGCAUUGACCAAAGCAGGACACACGUGCGUGCCGUUUAAACUCCCGACCGACGGAUGGAUCAGUUACGGUCUACUGGUGGCCAUCAAUGCUGCCGAAGGAAAUUUUCGUUCUUUUGUUGAGGCUUUGGAAGGGGAGCAAAUGAUUUCCGAGUAUGAUACAUUACACCAAGCGAGCAACCUUCCGAACUUACUCAAGCCGGUCAUCAUGGCUUUGAUUGAUAAACGCCGGGGACACUUGCUGAAGCAAGGCCGAAAUGGUGGUGUACCCGUUUGGGAUCUGUGGCAGUCGGUCGCAAAAGUUCUCGAACUUCGUCAGAAAUGGGACAACGCGGUACGAGAGGCGGGCUUGGAUGCAAUCGUCCAUCCUGCCAUGCCGAUUCCAGCAAUCCAACACGGCUUGUCGGGUAAACUUACAGCUAGCUGUUCGUACAUGUUUCUAGCGAAUCUCCUACAGUGGCCUAGCGGAGCUUUGCCCGUUACAACUGUCCGUGCGGAUGAAGCGCACUAUCGAAGGAAAGAUAUGCCGGCUGACCAACGAGACAUUAUCUCCAGGAUUGUGGCUCAAGUUAUGCAAGGAAGCGAAGGAAUGCCAAUCAGCGUAUGCGUCAUGAGUCCGUCCUAUCGCGAUGAAACAUGUUUGCGAGUUAUGAAGGAAAUUGAAAAAACUAUUCCCUUUCAAGAAGAACCGAAAGCUUUUCUGAAAGCUUAA